AUGCCUCUCGAAAAUCGACCGCGACUUCCCCGCAUUCCCCUUAGCAAGCGAAAUCGGGCUGUCGUGUGGGCUCUUAACCCAAUGCUGGUGACCUAUUUGGAAGCCAGCCGGGACCUUUGCGAGACGGACUCAAUUCUUUUUGGCGCUGCACUGGCAGUAUGCCGUAUUAUUGGCGCCAAACUUCCUACGGCUGGACGUGCUACUCGACAAAAUAGCGCCAUCCCAGCCUGGAAAAAGAGAAUUGAGGACCGUAUCGCAAAGGCAAGGGCCCUUAUCGGCUGA